UCAGUCUGGAGGAUUUUGAGGAGGCUUUGUGAGUGUUUUUUGUGUUUUCGGGCAGUAAAAGUGAUAAAAUCGAAUUUCUCAAGUGUUUUGCAACACCACUGUGACCCCAAGCAUCCCACGGAGUUGUGGGAUUGUCCACACGACGCCAAUCAAGCUGACAAUGGAGCUGAUAAAAACACCCAAGGUGGAGAAUGUGCGGAUGAUUGAUCGCUACAACAGCAAGAAUGCCUCAAUUGGAACGCUGUAUUUGACGGCAACUCACUUGAUUUUCGUUGAUCCCGAGGCGAAUAAGGAGACUUGGAUUCUCCACAUGCACAUUGCGACGAUUGAUAAAUUGCCGCUGAGCACAACCGGAUCACCUCUCUUGAUUCGCUGCAAGACGUUUCUCUCCGUGACAUUCGUGAUUCCCAAGGAGCGCGAGUGUCACGAUGUGUACGUGACGCUGCUGAAGCUGUGUCAGCCGGUGCACAUCAAGAAUCUCUACUGCUUCCACUACACAUCGAGCAACGAAGACCUGCCGAAGACGUCUGGGUGGGACUUCUUCCGCCUGGAGACGGAGUUCAAGCGGAUGCGCGUGCCCAACGAGGACUGGGCGUUGUGCACGCUCAACGCGAACUACGAGCUGUGCGACACGUACCCGCGCCAGCUGUACGUGCCAGCGGAGGCGUCCACGGCCGUGCUGAUGGGCAGCAGCAGAUUCCGGUCGAAGGGACGUCUGCCGGCGCUGACGUACUUGCACAGCAACAGAGCGUCGAUCUGCCGAUGCAGCCAGCCGCUGUCGGGCUUCAGUGCGCGCUGCCUGGAGGACGAGCAGAUGCUGGAGGCGAUCAGGAAGACGAAUCCCAAUGCCAGCUACAUGUAUGUGGUGGACACGCGGCCGCGCAUCAAUGCGAUGGCCAACAGGGCGGCGGGAAAGGGGUAUGAGAACGAGGCUUUCUAUGAGAACAUCAAGUUUCACUUCCUGGGCAUUGAGAACAUUCACGUGAUGAGGACGAGCCUGCAGAAGUUGGUGGAGACGUGCGAGCAGAAGGCGCCCACGAUGAGUGGAUUCCUGGGCUCGUUGGAGUCCUCGGGGUGGCUGAAGCACAUCCGUUCGAUUCUGGACACGUCAAACUUCAUCGCCACGGCGGUGGACAAGGGCAUUUCGGUGGUGGUGCACUGCUCAGAUGGGUGGGACAGAACGGCGCAGGUGUGCUCCCUGGCGGCGCUCAUUCUCGAUCCCUUCUAUCGCACAAUCAAGGGAUUCCAGGCACUGAUUGAGAAAGACUGGCUGGCCUUCGGGCACAAAUUCAGCGAGCGCUGCGGCUACAUCCAGACGGAUCCCAAGGAGAUGUCGCCGGUGUUCACGCAGUUCCUCGACAGCACGUGGCAACUCAUGCAGCAGCGCUGCGAUGCGUUUGAGUUCAACGAGCGCUUCCUGCUCACACUGCACGAUCACGUGCAAUCCUGUCAGUACGGCACAUUUAUUGGGAACUGUGAGAAAGAUCGCCUGGACUUGCGUCUGUCCGAAACCACCUUCUCGCUCUGGGGACACAUGGCGAACCACAUCAACGAGUACAUCAAUCCGCUGUACAGGCCCGAGAUGGAGGAGAUCCUGAAGCCUAAUCUAGCACCGCAAUGCAUCAAGUUCUGGCGCGGCAUGUACAGUCGCUUCGAGAGUGGCGUGCACCCACGCGAGCCGCUGGGCGAUCUGCUGCUGGCCAGCAGGGAUCACUGCACAUCGCUGGAGGAUCACGUGCAGCAUCUCACGAAGAGGAUCUCCAAUCUGAAGAAUCUGAUCUCCAAGUCCGCCAAGCGGUUCCAGGGACCCUCGAUGAGGCUCAAGGACAACAAGGAGCCGACAGAGAUCAAUGAUAAUCGCUACAACUAUGACAAGAGAUCGGGACAGUUGACAGACACCACGGAUCAUCCGCUGCAGUCGUCAGAUUUCUCCUUCUCCAAUCUUUCCAUCUCCGAGACGAACACAGAGAUCCAGCAGAUAAAUGCAGAGAUGGAGUCCGUGGCGGUGGACUGGAAGUCGAUGCGGAAUGUCACGGUGUGCUCGUGCUCCACGCCCUUCGACCAGUUCAGCCGCAAGAGUCACUGCUGGAAGUGCGGCGAAGUCUUCUGCUCGCGCUGCAUCGUGCGAACUGUGCCGCUGGCGGGUCACCACAGCGGGAAUCCCGUGCCCGUCUGUCGUUCCUGCUUCCGGACACUGCAGCAGACGACGCCGUAGGGCGAUGGUG